AUGAAUUUUGCGCGGCGGGGGAGUGCUCGUCUGCGGGGACGAGAGCGGGUACGGGAAUGGGAGUGGGAGAGGAGGGUGUCUACGGUAUCUACAGUAUCUACAUGGGACGGCGAGGCGCAAGAAGCGAGGGCCAAAGUGAAGCGCGACGAGGGCAAUGGCGGGACGGAUGGCGUCGUAUUGGACUUGACGCUCGUUGGUGAUGCUACUGAGCUAGAAGAAGAGGAGGUGUAUACUGUCCCUGUUACUGUGGGCAGUAGUGGCCAGACGUUCAAGUUACAGGUUGAUACGGGUUCUUCUGACUUGUGGAUCGCAUCGAAGUCAUGCUCCACAACAGCGUGUUCGGCGGGCAAGCCCAAAUUAUACGACCCCUCGUCGUCCACUGCAACAAACCGCGACUUCACCAUUCAAUAUCUCAGUGGGUCGGUCGAGGGUCCUAUCGUGUGGGAUCGGUUCACGCUCGGACCGUAUACCAUUGACAAUCAGGCGCUUUGUGAGUUUCUAUUUCCUUUCGCUCUCGCACUUAGUGCGGGUGUUCGUGUUAUUUACGCGUUCCCGUAUACAUAUACUGACUGUCAACAUUUAAUUUAUCAUGCGCUCGCCGCUACUGCUGCUGUUACUGUGUUCCUGUUGCCGCGCCGCUUCCGCUGCCCCGCCGCAACGAACGUUGUCAACGAAUCCCUCACGGGAGACUAUUCCGGCAUCCUGGGUCUCGCGUUGCCCUUGGAUUCAGUAAUUUCGCAGGAAGUCCCACCAGUGACGGAUAAUGUCCCCGACGGCGCGACGUUCAUCUCGAAUCUCUUCGGGGUGACGCCAACCGAUCAGGCACCCGCACAGUUCUUCUAUUCCGUUCUCCUCGCUCGACCGAACAUAGAUCGUAUUCCGUCUGUACUUGCCGUCGGCCGCCACCCGUCAAAUGACCUCCUUUCAGACGGACUCACCAUCGACUCGUCUAAAAUAGCGUAUUCUUCUGUUCUUUCGGAACGCGAUGGUGUGCAUUUUUGGAAAGCGGAGUUACGGGCGAUCACGGUGUAUGUGAACGGGACUGCGAAGUCGGUUGAUAUUGGGACGAGUGUGACUGGUGGGCCGUACCCCGAGGCGGUCCUCGAUACGGGCGUACCAUAUAUCAUAUCGACUCCGACGAUUGCGAAUGCUGUUUGGGGCGCUUUGGGUAUUUCACCUGCGAAUGAUGGAAAUUACUACGUACCGUGUACGACACCACUAAACAUGACUAUAACAUUGGACAACCGAGAAGAAAUCCCGAUUCAUCCUUUAGACCUUAGCGCCGUUCCUGCGAGUGGUGGUUCCUCAUGUAUUGGUUUAUUCCAACAAAGUUCCGCGCUGUCCAACCCGAGUGGUUUCGGGGACAUCAUUCUCGGAGUGCCGUUCCUUCGGAAUGUAUACACUGUCAUGGCGUACGAGCCGAUUUCGGUUGGGGGGAUAGUAGGGAACGGUGCUGCCGCCACAAAAACAAAACGGGCUCCGAUUUCACCGAUGUUAGGAUUACUCAACAUGACGAAUCCUACAACUGCGAUGGACGAGUUUAACACUGUGAGAGUGUUAAACGAGCCGUUACAAGGGAGUAAGAAAGCGUUGAAUACAAGUCAUGGAUUAUCGAUUGGGCUGAAAGUCCUUUUUGCGUUGAUCGGGUUUGUUGUACUCAUUGGUGCACUAUUUGGUGCGAGGUGGUUGUAUGCCCGACGACGAGAUCGACGAGCGGCUGCUGCGUUAAGACGACGAGGGAAUGGGAAUGAGAAUGAAGGCGCUGGGGAUUAUGCGUUGAACGAUAAAGAUGCGUUUGCACUUGCAGCGUAUAACCUUCAACCGUUCCGGUCGCAUAGUUUCGUACCUUCGGAGGAUACGCAGCGAACUUUGGCAGACCCGACUGCGAGACUCGACAAGAAAUACGAUAGCAUCAACGCCAAAGGACGGAAUAGUAAUUCUGAUGAGGAGUUUGGGUUUAAGAGGAGUAAGAAGAGCGAUGAUUCGGAUCGCGGGGAGGAACGAGCGGUACCGAAGAUUGGAGAUGAAGGAUGGGACGGACACACAUCAUGGAUUGACUCGUAUUCAGAAUACCAACCUCCUCUUUUGGGUGAAUGGAGACCACCAGCACACGAACGCUCGUAUAGCACUUCGUCUGUACAGUCCGUACAUGCACCGUCUUCCCCGCUACUCAGUACCUCACAUGCACGGAAUAGUACGUUAACGCCUGUACCGUUGGAGAUGGACGUAGAUGAGUUUGGAGGGUUGGACGUGAGUAGUAUGGUGGGCAUUGGGACUGCUGCUAGGAGGGGGAGUGGAGUUGAUAUGGACGCUACGUUGACGAAUGAUAACAAUAUUCGAUAUCCGCAUUCACAUUCUUAUUCGCAUAGUAAUCAUUUGCGGAUGAGUACGGGGAGCGUUGGGAAUGGGGAUGGGAAUGGGAAUAGCAUUAGCGGAACCGGAGUAGCGUUGGGCGACGUUACCGCGAGCCCGAAUCCGGCUGUUGCGAGACCAAGACCCGGACGACCUAGGCCUGGGAGAAUGCCUUCGGGUCCGAGACGAACGUCGAGUACGAUGUCGAGGGUUAUUAACGCGGAAGACGUCAAUCUUUCAUAG